CACAUCUUCUUCAUGAUAAGCAUGAACCCAUUUGUUAGUCAUAAACUUCAAACGCAAUUGUUAAUACUCAAAUUUUAAUUGUUAAUUUAAUUUAUUGUGAAAUUAUGGUUGAUAUUGUUCCAACUUUUGAGAAAUUUGGCGUUUUUGUCGGACUGUCUCAUGUGAUCCUUAGUGCUAUAUGGUUUAUUACGCAGUUUUCAGCACUUGCAAAAUAUUCAACAGCCUUACUGGUCCUUACUGUAGUUUACUUUUUCGGAGCAAUCAUAUUUGUGACGGCUAUUAUUAAAAGGAACUACAGAUGGACGAUUCUCUUUGUCAUUUUAUCAAUCUUGCUUGAAGUUGCAUUAAUCAUCUACUUUUGGGUUUACAUUGCAAUUAAACUAGAAAAUGGAAAUCCACUGACAUUAUUUGAUUUCGCCAUAAUAACGAGUGUUGUUACCUUCCAAACAUUCUCAUGUAUAGUCAACGUUGGCGUUCUUGUGAAACUUUUUAGAAUUGAUAGUGCUUAUGAGAGAAUUUAGUGUCUGAAUGGUAGCUGAAUUUUAUCUUAGAGUCAUUUAGAUUUGUAGUUUAAAAUAAAAAAUUAUAAAGUCAAAUUAAAUUUGACCAUUUUUUGAGAUUAUUUUAAGAUUUUAUUACUCAAAUUUAUAGAACGA